GGGCUUUGAGAAACAGGCUGUAGUGAAGGAUGCUCCUGCCCGUGGCAGAGUGGUUCAACUAGGUAAUCUUUAAAGGUCUGUUCCAACCCAAUCCAUUCUUUGAAAGACUCAGUGAGGCUUUCCCCCUCGAGUAUGGAGACGUAAAAGAAGGAACUUCAUCUGUGACUCAGAAACACAAUAAUGAAGUUAUUCUGCUAUCUUAGCAUAGAGCUACACACAAAGAAACGCAGGUAUGAUGGAAACCCUUUACAGAGACCCAGCAUGACAGGAUUGAAUAUCUUUUGCUUCAUUCUGUUUCUGAUGACGUACUGAUUGCUGCAAAAGGAAUAUUUCCUUCUUGGUAUUCGUUCCCGGUAAGGAAAGCAGAAUUGAAAAUAACUGACAGAGUGCUAAAAAGCGCAAAAAGCCUUCCCUAGCUCUAAUAUAAUUUGUUGCUCUUACACUUCUGUCUUGAUUUUAUUAAGGCCAGCUGAGUUCCUUUCUUUAUUGCUCUGCCAUGAAGAUUUCCUUCUGACAUUUGCGACUCAAGGAGAUGACCUACCCGAGAGUGAACCUCAGCGUUAAACGCCUUUGGCGUUGCAGGAAGCAAGUGCUUCUGCGCUGCCUGCUUCUAGAGAAGAGAGACCCCAAGGCUGGACGCAGCCGCUGACCGCCCGUGAAACGCCCGGCCCCCGGUGAGCGCGGCCAUCAGCCGGCUGCAGUGGCGUCGCGGCGCCUCCGGGUGCCGCUGUUGGCCGACGCGGAGCGGCGCCGGAGCCGCCGCAGCGACCUGCCCCCGCAGGCUGGUCGCUCGCAGGGCGCCGGCCGUUCUCGGCAUCGGCGCGGGCAGCAGCGGCGAGCGGCGGCGCGGCGCGGGGAGCAGCGGCGUCCGAGGCGGCGCCGAGAUCGCUGCCGUCCGGCGGCCCCUGCGCUCGCUGCGGAGAGUGGCCGGAAGGGCGGGAGGGCAGCGGCAGGAGGGAGGAGCGCGGCGAGCGCUGCCGAGAAUGGCGGGCCGGCAGAGGCAGAGCCGGCGGCGAGCGGCCGGGCGAGUGCUGCUGCCCGCUUUGCUGCUGUGCUUGUGGUGCCGGGCGGCGGCGGAGCGGAUCCGCUACGCCAUCCCCGAGGAGCUGGGCAGAGGCUCGCUGGUGGGGCCGCUGGCGCGGGACCUGGGGCUGAGCCCGGCGGACCUGCCCGCACGCAAGCUGCGGCUCGGCGCCGAGAAGCAAUACUUCUCGGUGAGCGGGGAGACCGGGAACCUCUACGUGAGCGAGAGGCUGGACCGGGAGGAGAUGUGCGGCGAGUCGGCGUCCUGCUCCGUCAGCUUCGAGGCGCUCGUGCAGAACCCGCUCAACAUUUUCCACGUCGAGGUGGCCAUCCAGGACGUCAACGACAAUUCCCCGGCCUUCAGCAAGGCUGCUCUGGACCUCGAGAUCGGCGAAUGGACGCUUCCCGGGGCUCGUUUUCCGCUGGAGAUGGCCCGAGACGCGGACGUGGGCAGCAACUCGCUGCUGACUUACCAGCUCACCAGCAACCCGUCCUUCGCUCUGGCCGUGAGGGAGAACCCGGGUGGAAGCAAGCAGCCGGAAUUAGUGCUGGAGAGAGCACUGGACCGUGAGAAGCAGAGCUCCUUUGUGCUGGUGCUGACGGCGGUGGAUGGGGGGGACCCCGUGAGGUCCGGGACCGUCCAGGUUCGCGUCAACGUGACGGACGCCAACGACAACGCGCCCGUGUUCGGUAAAAGCGUCUACGAGGCGCGAGUGCGGGAGAAUCUGCCGGCGGGGUCGCUGGUGCUGCGGGUGCGAGCCACGGACGCGGACGCGGGCUCCAACGGGCGGGUCUCCUACUCCUUCGGCAACGUCGCGGACGGCGUCCGCGCGUUGUUCGCUGUCGACAGCAACAGCGGCGAGGUCAGGACGGCGGGGCCCCUCGACUUCGAGGAGAAGAGCAAAUACAGCUUCAGCCUGGAGGCGAGGGACGGCGGCGGACUCACGGGUCACUGCGAAGUGCAGAUCGACCUGUCGGACGAGAACGACAACGCGCCCGAAAUCACGGUGUUGUCGGUGUCGAGCCCGGUGCCCGAGGACGCGCCGGCCGGCACGGUGGUGGCCCUGGUGAAAGUGCGCGACCCGGACUCCGGCGAGAACGGUCAGGUGUCGUGCGAGCUGUCGGGCGAGGCGCCCCUGUCGAUCGUGGCAUCAUCGGGCAGCUCGUAUAAGGUGGUGACGGCGAGCGCGCUGGACCGGGAGCUGGCGUCCGAGCACCGCGUGACGGUGGUGGCCAGGGACCGGGGCAGCCCGGCGCUCUCCAGCCGCGCGGCGCUGGUGCUGGAGGUGUCGGACGUGAACGACAACGCGCCGGUGUUCGAGGAGGCCGCCUACAGCGCCUACGUGGCGGAGAACAACGCGGCGGGCGCGCCGGUGGUGCGCGUGCGCGCGCGGGACGCGGACGCGGGCGCCAACGGGCGCGUGAGCUACUGGCUGGCGGGCGGCAGCGCGGGCGCGUCGCCGUACGUGUCGGUGGAGGCGGAGACGGGCGCGCUGUUCGCGCAGCGCUCCUUCGACUACGAGCAGUGCCGCGAGUUCGCGGUGGCGGUGCGGGCGCAGGACGGCGGGUCGCCGGCGCGGAGCUCGACGGCGACGGUGCGCGUCUUCGUGCUGGACCGCAACGACAACGCGCCGCGGGUGCUGUGGCCGGCGGCGGGCGCGGGCGCGGGCGCGGGCGCGGGGGCGGCGCCGUUCGAGGUGGUGCCGCGGUCGGCCGAGGCCGGGUACCUGGUGGCCAAGGUGGUGGCGGUGGACGCGGACGCGGGGCGCAACGCGUGGCUGUCGUACGAGCUGGUGCAGGCGCCGGAGCCGGCGCUGUUCCGCGUGGGGCUGCACAGCGGCGAGGUGCGGACGGCGCGGGCCGUGUCGGAGAGGGACGCGGCGAAGCAGCGGCUGGUGGCGGUGGUGAAGGACCACGGGCAGCCGGCGCUGUCGGCCACGGCCACGCUGCACGUGGUGCUGGCCGAGAGCUUGCAGGAGGCGCUGCCGGAGCUGAGCGAGCGGGCGGCGGGCGCCGACUCGCCGGCGGAGCUGCAGUUCUACCUGGUGCUGGCGCUGGCGCUCCUCUCCGCCCUGUUCCUGCUGAGCGUGGCGCUGGCCGCCGUGGCGCGGGUGCGCCGGGCCGGGCCGCCCGCCGUCCUGCGCUGCCUGGGCGCGCAGCGCUUCUCCGUGGCCGGCGCCGCCGCCUUCCCUGCCGACUUCUGCGAGGGCACCUUGCCCUACUCCUACAACCUGUGCGUGGCGCCGGGACGCGCCGCCGCCGAGGGCCCUUGGCUGCCGCCGCCGCCGCCGCCGCCGCUGCCCAGCCUGCCGGCGGAGGAGCUUCUCGGCGGGGAGCCCUGCGGGAAGCGGAGCCCGAGCAGCAGCGCCGGCGCGGGAGAGCCGCCCGCGGACCCCGGCGCAACGCAGGUCUGUAAGCCCGCGCUCUCUCGCUGUUCUCCUUGAGCCUCACUGAACCGUCGUCCCUUUCCCCCUGUCUUUCCCCGGGUGGCGUGACUGGGGAGUGCUGAUCCGUGUCUCCGUGAGGGAGUGCAAGAAAGAUCGGCCUAACUCCCUUCCCCUAAGAGCAGGCAGUUAGCUGCCGCACUCC